AAAAAUCUAGCUUUCUAAAAACAAUAGGGAACGCUUUAAUUACUAAAAUAGUUCUUGAAUUUUGAAUGAACCCAUUCAUCUAAUCUAGUCAUUGAUGGUUUUGAAAGUAGUUCAAGGACACAGACUGAAAAUUCUAGAGCUGCCUUCCUGCUCUCCGUUUGGGCUCAAAAUUCCGUCAUCUUGAUUUUUGAUUUCGCCAUCCACAGUUACAUGAUCUUUUUUCACCCCUUUUUGCUUUGCAAUAGAAUCUUCAAUUCCAUUUAAUAAUAAGAUGGAAUAAUCCAAUUCUUUGCUUCUUUGUUGAAGUGUUCCUUAGUGCCACAAACUCGUUCAUCGUUUCUUGAAAUUUGCUUCUGAAACUGUUUGGUGGGAGUGAUUCUUGGGCUGAAGGGGUCAACUUGGUUUGGGCAUCCAAAUAGGUAUAUAAUCUUUCCACUUCUGUUUAGUUUUUCAACUUAAUAAAUGCAAUUUGGUUGUGUUUAUACUGCUUAACAAUGUAAAAAUCGCUCUGGGGAUUCGCCAAUAGCUAGGAAAUUUUGUCAUGGAAUCUGAAUCUUAAAUAACUGAACAGUAAACAAAUAAGAUGAUUCCCUGCUUCAGACCCAAGAAAAAGGACAAGAAAGUGGUCAAGGAGACAUGGUUAAUGAUAAAUGGGCGAAUGUUACUGGAGGCCUCAAUCGCUUUUAAUGAUGGCAGAUGUAGUAAUCCAAUUCGUUGCUUCUCUGUCAAAGAGCUAAACAGUGCCACAGAUAACUUCCAUCCAAGUCAAAUCUUCUGGGAUGAUGGCGGCUAUAUAUUGUACAAUGGUGUUCUGCACGACCGCCCAAUUAUACUGAAAAAUUAUGGAGGACAAAGAGCGAGAGAGUUGUCUAUUAGAGAAAUUAUCUUUGCAUCAGAAUUCAGCUCUCAUAAAAAUGUUCUGAAAGUGUUGGGAUAUUGCUUGGAGUCUGAGAUUCCCUUUGCAGUUUUUGAGCCUGCAAAGAAUGGAACUCUUCAUGAUCAUAUAUACGAUCCUCAUGCAUCCAAUUUUCGACCCUUGACAUGGAAAACUAGGCUGAAGAUUGCACUUGGUGCAGCCAAUGCCAUUGCAUAUCUUCAUACUGCAUUUCCAAAGCCUAUUAUUCAUAGAGAUAUCAAACCAUCUAAUAUCUUGCUAGAUGAAGAUUAUGUUCCCAAGUUAGUAGAUUUUACUGUAUCUGAAUCUAUUCCUGAGGGACAUUUCUAUGUGGAGCAUGCACUGCGUAGAGAGAAUAUUCCCGCAAGCGUACUGGGAUUUCUGGCUCCUGAGCAUUUCAUGAAACGUUUAAUCAAUGAGAAGGUGGAUAUUUAUAGUUUUGGUGUAGUUCUCCUAUCACUUUUGACGGGCAAAAGGCCACAAAAUCCUUUUCCUUCUGCAUCUCCGGGGAACUGUUCUUUGGUCCAAAUUGUGAAGAAAUAUGUGGAUAACCAAAUGUUUAAUGAGACUGUAGUAGACCCUGCAGUUUUAGAAGAGGAACCAUGGCCUGGGAAAGAGCAGCAACUGCAGAAUUUUGCUUUGCUUGCCCUUCAGUGUGCCUGUGAUCUUGAAGACAAUAGACCAGAAAUCAUUGAUGUGGCAAAACAACUCAGGCAGAUGUAUCAGUCUGUGAUCUCCAAUUGUUGAGAUAAAUUCUGUUUUCUGUAUUAUUUCAUGGAUUUAGCAUUUUUGAUGUCACCAUGUGCUAUCUUUCAAAGCUAUGAAACUUACUAGUGCUUUCAGGGCACUUGUUAUUAAACAGUUAAAUUCCUCU